GUUCAACGCAUACGGUCGAAGUCUUUGGCGACGCGUCGAUCGGCGUUCUAAAUUAUGAAGUAAAUCUCCUUCUUUCGGGAUUCGGAGUUCAAUUUCGUGUGUUUAAAGUUGGUGGAGGGCAAAUAACCGUUUGCCACGAUGAGCAACAUGCAACCGGAAGAGUACGAGAACACGGGCUGGCUGUCGUACUUUAGCCGCCACAAGACCACGUACACGGCGGCCGAUAUUCACAAGAUCAGCAAUGAGCUGAACAACUUGCGCAAAAACCUGACCGCCACGCACUACGCUUACGGGGAGCUGAGCAGCGAGCUGAAGGCCCUCCGGAGUUUGCAGGAACAGCAGCGGGUGGCGGACGAGUACGAGCAGCGCGUCCAGAGCAAAGCGGGUGCCAUCCCGAAGGCGAUCGAGAAGCGGCUCAAGGAUCAGGCGGACGAGAUUAAGGGCCUCAAGGGUGAGCUGACCGGCUGCCGGAAUGAGCUAACGAAGCAGCUCACCGCCCUGAAGGUGACCUGCAGCGAAUUGGGCAAGGUGGCCAAAACGAAGUCGAAAGGUGCCGAAGGGUCCGCCUUUGGUGGUGUACUCGAAAGUCGUAUCAUCGCCGCUGAACUCCAGAUCGAUCAGCUGGCGCGCAGCCAUCAGGAGCGUCUCGGGGCACUCGAGACGAAAGUGUGCACACUGGAGCGCUGCAACGGGGUCACCGGUGACCGUCUUAGUGGCGGAGACGCUCCGAUGUACGACGAGCGACUUAAGGGGCUGGAGAGCGAUUUCACACGCAAACUGCAAGACCUUACCGAUCUGGUGGUGGAAUUGCAACGGAAGCUGGCCCAGAGCGAGGCGAAGCAGGUGGAGAUGCUCCAGAAGCUGACCGUCGCCCAGGGAUCGCUGUACCAGCAGCUGGAGGCCCGGUACGACGAGCAGUGUGGCAAACUGCGUGAGUUGCAGGUCCGGCUCAGCCAUGUUGGCCACCGGGAUGAUAUCGACUCGACGUUCGUCUGAGGGGCCGCGGGGAGCCGCCAUUCUUAUGUUUACGUUGUAGUAAAAUGUCAGGUACUAUUAAUUCUAGCGUUAAUGGCCACCGUAUUCCCGAAUCUUCAUCCGACCAGGG